AUGGAAACUUGGGAAAUUGCUCAGAUAUUAUUGAAUUUCUUACAUUGGAGACACGUUAAGAAUGAUCAUGAUAUUAAGAAUGAUAACGGUGAUCAUUUAAUUUCCGGAGGAAAAUAUAUUUUCUCAAAAGAAGAAUAUAGUAAAUGGGUUAAAUCUUUAAAGAAUCGAAAUAAUGAUCCAGAAUUCCUUAAAGAUCACGAUAUAAUAAUUACUACAUAUGCUAUUCUUGCACAAUCAGAUAUAAAAGAAAAAAGUGGAUCUGAAAAAAUAGGAAUAAAUACUAAAAAAACUGAUAAAAAAGGAAUUUUUGAAGGAGGAAUAUUAUACUUAGAUCAAUGUUUAGAUGCAUCACAAACAAAAUAA